AUCUUCCUGACGUGAUGCCCUAUGAUCAGCCGACUGUCCCCGUUCUCAGAUAAUAGUUGUGUUUUCUGGAUAAUUGGUGGGGAGUCGAUCCCCUCUGCGACAGAGUUGGAAGAUACGAAUCUAUAAAAGAACAUUGCAACAUUGUUCCAGUUUCAGUUGCGUGUGAUUCUGUGCAUGUGAAGAACAAUGUUCUCAACCAGGUAUGAUAGUGAUCAGAAAAUCUGGAGUGGGCGGCAUUUGGCGCCAUUUCACCAUGAGAGCGUCUCCCUGGGACGAGCCAUCUACUACAACUUGUCCUUCAAUCGCAAUGUUGUGGGUCAGAUAAGUGCAGAAACAGGAUUAACUGUUACAAAUGGUGAAAUUUGUGAUCAAAUGCUCGCGAUCGCCAGUAACUUAGCGGUUAGAGGGGCUAAGAAGGGUCAGGUGAUCGCGAUUGUGGCAAAGAAUGGACCAAAUAUUGCACCAGCAACAUUUGCCGCCUUCUUUCUCGGAAUUGCCGUCAACACCCUCGAUCCCAAUUAUUCAGUUGACGAGAUCAGCCACAUGCUCAGACAGACGCAACCCUGUAUUGUCCUCUGUGAUCGUGAAAACUACCCCAAUGUCCAAAGUGCAAUCCAAUCGAUGAAAAGUACAGCCAGAAUUAUUAAUUUUGGCCUGAGGAUUGAAGGUGUGGAAAAUAUUGAAGAUUAUUUAGUGCCAACUGGAAAAGAAGAAGCUUUAACUCGAGAAAUUGUGGACGUCGAUGGAAGCACCUGUGCUGUUAUUCUCUGUUCUUCCGGAACUACAGGCAUGUCCAAAGGAGUCAGUUUGACUCAUCAGCAUUUCCUGUACAUGAUGUCCUAUCCCGUAUUCGUUGAUUGUUAUCACAAUGGCAUAAUGCUAUGCUUCAGUUCACUUUACUGGCUUUCUGGGAUGGCUCAUCUCCUGCUAACAACAUUUCUGGGAAUGACCCGAGUCAUCACAACCGAAACAUUCAAUGUUGACCUGUGCUUGGAUAUAAUCCAAAAGUAUCAGGUCACUCAUCUUAUCACAGCACCAGUUCAGCUGGCCGGUAUCCUGAGCCACAAAUCCCUCUCACCUACCUCCCUGGCCUCUAUUCGCGAGUACAUGGUUGGCGGUAGUGUCGUGCCGAAGGACAACUGGUUGAAGAUACAGGCCUACAUGCCAAAUGGCUCCAUCAAGAUUGUCUACGGCAUGAGCGAAGUGGGAUAUGCAACGUGCCAGGAGUACCGAUCAACCAAAUAUUCAACCGGGAAGCUCGCCCCGGACCUUCAGCUGAAGAUUGUAGGAGAUGAUGGUCAAAAUUGUCCACCAGGGCAGACCGGAGAAAUUUGUUUCAAGCCACGCUUCAAAUUCAUAAGAUAUAUCGGGAACCCUGAGGCUACGAAUGAGAUAGUGGAUGCAGAUGGAUGGGUGCACAGCGGUGACAUUGGAAUGAUGGAUGCUGAUGGCGAUCUGCAGAUUGUUGAUCGCAUGAAGGAGAUCCUUAAGUACAGCAACCACCACGUGUCACCUUCUGAGAUUGAAGAGAUCAUCUUUAGUCAUCCGGAGGUGGAGUAUGUGGCUGUUGUUGGGGUUCCUGAUGCUGUGUUUACGGAUCUGCCAGCGGCUAUGGUGGUGCGCAAGGAAGGCAGCACCGUCACCGAGAAGGAGAUCAGUCAGCUUGUGGCAUCUCAAUUGUCAAACCCCAAGCACUUACGUGGUGGAGUUUACUUUGUCAACAAGCUGCCACUGACGCCAUCUGGGAAAGUGAUCAAGAGGAAGGUGAAGGAGACGGUGAUAGAGCUCUACAAAGCCCGACAUCAGUGAUCUGCUUUGCGUUUCACGCCAUGGCCGCUCUGUCCCUUCUGUGCGCCAUCUUUCUUGUCACUUCCUUCCCACAGGCUGUUCCUCACAAAACGCCCCGCCACCGGAACAUUUAACCGUGGCAUCAGUGUCUUUUUAUCAUGAAUUUGCUUUUGACGCAUCAUCGCUUCGCGUACUCGAGCCAAUUCAUGCUUAAUUGUGUGCUGAAAUACCAAAUCGAAAUAUGCUUGUUUUCCUCAUAACCUCAAAAUAUUUGCAUGAAACGUUUUAGUUUUAUUAGAAAAUUAAAUAAAAGUUUUAUCAAGGC